CGCGUUCGGAGGAGGACGGCGGGAGAGGAAGGCGUUCCUGGGACCUCGCGGGCGCACGGCUUCUCGCUCUUCUCCACGUUCCUAAGAUUUGGGGGAAGGCGUGACCGGGCAGCUGGGCGCGGGAGAACCGCAGAAGAGCCAUGGGUGCUGGGAGCUCCACGGAGCAGCGGAGCCCGGAGCAGCCGGAGGCGGGGAGCGCGACGCCGGCCGAGCCCGAGCCCAGCGGCGGCGGCCUUGCGGCGGAGGCGGCGCCCAGCGCGCCGGGGGACCCGGCCAUCGCUGCCGCGGACCCCGCCACCAAGCUCCUACAGAAGAAUGGUCAGCUGUCUAGUGCCAAUGGCUUAGCUGAGGAAGAAGAGUUCAGUCCCCAGGAGGGAGCCCUGAAUGGCCAGGAGGAAGAAGCCACUGUCACAGAUGUUGGACAGAGAGAGUCUGAAGAUGUGAAUGAAAGAGCCUCAGAUAAAGCGAUGGCUGCUGGCUCCGUGGUUGUUCAAGACAUGGCAAAGGAUGGGCAGGAGGAAGUGCCUGAAAUCAUCGACCAGAUUCCUUCUUCAGAAAGCAAUUUAGAAGAGCUGAUACAACCUACUGAGUCCCAGGCUAAUGAUGUUGGAUUUAAGAAGGUGUUUAAGUUUGUCGGUUUUAAAUUCACUGUAAAAAAGGAUAAGACCGAGAAGUCUGACACUGUGCAGCUACUCACUGUCAAAAAAGAUGAAGGUGAAGGAGGGGGAGCGGCAGACGGGGCUGGUGACCACCAGGAGCCCAGCCAGGAGACCGGAGAAGCAACAGCCAAAGAAAGUGAACUAAAACAAUCCACAGAGAAACCCCAAGAAACCCUUAUGCGUGAUCAAAGCAACACAGAGAUUUCUCUUCAGGCUGAGUCUGGUCAAGCAGCAGAGGAACACCAAGAGGAAGGGGAAGAAAAACAGAAAGAACCCACCAAAUCUCCAGACUCUCCAACUAGUCCAGUGGCCAGUGAAACAGCAUCACCCUUCAAAAAAUUCUUCACUCAAGGGUGGGCUGGCUGGAGAAAAAAGACCAGUUUCAGGAAGCCUAAGGAGGAGAAGCUGGAGGCUUCAGAGAAGAAAAAGGACCCAGAGCCAGAAAAAGUAGACACGCAAGAACAGGAAAAGACAGACGCCGCCUCUGAGAAAGUGGAUGUUCCUGAGCAAGCGCACCCACAGGAGAUCACCGAGAGUGUUAACGCUGCCAGACUGUCAGCGGAGUAUGAAAAAGUCGAGCUGCCCUCUGAAGAUCAAGUGCUGGGAUCCCCCGAAGAGAAACCUGCGCCCUUAGCAACAGAAGUGUUUGAUGAUAGAGUAGAGAUUGUUGCCGACGUCCACGUUAGCAUGCCGGAGACCAAGACAGAAGAGGAGAAGGCGGAGGGAGAAGAAGCAGGAGAGCCCUUGCCGGCUGAAAAGGGGGUGGAGACACAGGCUGAGCUCGAGAAAGCCGCACCCGCUGAGGAGCUGGGGAAGAUAAAAGAAGUGUGCGCCCCUGGGGGGGACUACGCCCAGCCAACUGACCUGAGCCCCGAGGAGAAAGCGCCCUCUGCACACCCCGAGGGCGUCGCGAGUGAGGUGGACAUGCUGUCCUCACAAGAGAGAAUGAAAGUGCAAGGAAGCCCUUUAAAGAAACUUUUUACUAGCACUGGCUUAAAGAAGCUUUCUGGAAAGAAACAGAAGGGGAAAAGGGAAGGAGGGGAUGAAGAGUUGGGGGAGCACCAUCAAGCUGCAGCAGAGUCUCCAGGUAGUACAGAUGAACAGAAGGGCGAGAGCUCUGCUUCGUCCCCUGAGGAACCAGAGGAGAUUACGUGUCUAGAGAAAGGCGUCGCGGACGCACACCAGGAGGGGGAAGCCGAGGAAGGGACUAUUUCUGAUGGGGAGAAGAAGAGAGAAGGUGUUACUCCCUGGGCAUCUUUCAAAAAGAUGGUGACGCCCAAGAAACGGGUCAGAAGGCUUUCUGAAAGUGAUAAAGAAGAUGAAUUGGAUAAAGUCAAGAGUGCCACCUUGUCUUCCACGGAGAGUGCGGCCUCUGAGAUGCAGGAGGAAGCCAAAGGAAACGGAGAAGAGCAGAAGCCAGAAGAACCCAAGCGCAAAGUUGAUACUUCAGUAUCUUGGGAAGCUUUAAUCUGUGUGGGGUCAUCCAAGAAAAGAGCAAGAAAAGCAUCAUCUUCUGAUGAUGAAGGGGAACUGAAAGCAAUGGGAGGAGACAGCCAGAAAGCAGAUGAUGCAGGAAAAGACAAAGACACAGGACCAGACACUGCCCUUGCCAGUUCCCAGGAACAUGAUCAAGGGCCAGGAAGCUCCUCACCUGAGCAAGCUGGAAGCCCCACCGAAGGGGAGGGAGUUUCCACCUGGGAGUCCUUUAAAAGAUUAGUCACUCCGAGAAAAAAAUCCAAGUCCAAACUGGAAGAGAAAAGUGAAGACUCUGUACCUGGGUCUGGUAUAGAACAUUCAGCGUCAGAUGUUGAGCCUGGAAAAGAAGAGUCUUGGGUCUCCAUUAAGAAAUUUAUUCCCGGACGAAGGAAGAAAAGGUCAGAUGGGAAAGCAGAACAAGCCACUGUUGAAGAUGCAGGGCCAGCAGAGGUCAACGAAGAUGAUUCUGAUGUCCCGGCCGUGGUACCUCUGUCCGAGUAUGAUGCAGUGGAAAGGGAGAAAACCGAAGCACAGCAAGCCCAAAAAAGUGAGGAGAAGCCUGAGCAGAAGGUAGCUGUUUCUGUGUCAGAGGAGCUCAGUACGAGUCUUGUUCAUGGGGUGACGGUGACUGUCCUUGACGGGGCAAGAGCUGUUUCCAGUGUUGAAGAGAGGUCGCCAUCUUGGAUAUCCGCUUCGGUGACAGAACCUCUUGAAGAAACAGAAGAUGAAGCCAAACCCCUAUCUGGGGAGGUAUUUGAAGGAGAAGUCCUUGCAGAGGAAACCUCCAUUGUUACCAAAACUCUGCCAGAGGGUCAAGAGGCCAUUGAUGACACAGUUGUGAGUGAGGCGGAAUUAACUUCGGAAGCCGUGACAGCUGCAGAAGGUGCAGAGGCGUUUUGUGCUGAAGAAGCAGCAGAAGCAUCUGGUGCUGAAGAGACCGCCGACAUGGUCUCGGCUGUUUCUCAGCUCACCGACUCUCCAGACACCACAGAGGAAGCAACACCCGUUCAGGAGGUGGAAGGCAGUGUACCAGACCUGGAAGACCAAGAGAGGCGGACUCAAGAGGUCCUGCAGGCAGUUGCGGAAAAAGUUCGAGAAGAAUCACCGCUGCCAGAAGACAUGAUUCAGACAGUGUGGGAAGGAGGAGCCAAAGUACCAGAGAAGGUCGAAGAAGCGGAAGAGGAUUCUCAAGGGCUAGACCAGAAGAAAGAGACAGAUGGAGUGUUGGAAGUACGUGCACAAGAAUUUAAAGCUGAGACUUUGACACAAGGGGAAGUAGUCCUACAGGCCACCCCAGAAAGCUUUGAGAAAGUUCUUCCAGUCACAGACAGUGUAGAGUCCAGUGAGCUUAGAACCACUUGUCAAGCUGAAACCUUGGUUGGGGUAAAAUCAGAAUUGAUCCUGGAACAGGCUGUUGCUCCUGACUCAGCUGAAACCCUUACAGACAGCGAGACCAGCGGAAGCACCCCAGUAGCAGAUCUUGAAGCUCUCCAUGUAACACAGCAAGAGCAGAUCCUGGAGAAGCACGAAGAUACUGAGGUUGCUUCAGGUACACCAUCCCAGGUCCCAGAAGCAGAGGCAGUUCCUGCACCCAAACAGGUGCCUCCAGCACCUGCUAGCUUUCCAUCCCAAGAAGAAAAUAAAGGACAUUCAGAAAUGGAAGAGAUUCUAGAACAUCCAGACAAAGAGAUACCAGUGGAAACUGUACCCAUUCUUUCAAAGACGGACGCGAUUCAAGAGGAAGGCCAAUUCACCGACAGGGAGAGCCAAGAGAAACCACUUCUCAAAGGCCCCGAUGCAUCUGCAGACCCCGAAACAACCGGCAGUCAGGAAGCGACAAGUGAAGCUGCCCUGAAAGAGGAAGCUACUAGAAAACCUGAAUUUCAAAAGGAUGACGGUAUUGAAGUCCAGAGCCCUACACCAUCUCCCGCACCAGUGGAGAGAGAGAUGGACGCUCAAGGAGAGAGGGAGGAAAUGGAGGCAAAGCCAACUCAAGCCACCGAAGAGGAACUUGAGCAAAAACCAGCUGUGACCACAUCUGAUGAGCUUAGUAAGCAGCUGGUGCAGACAGAGAGUGUGGCCGUCAUCGGCGGGGAAAAGGAGGUUACCGCUUGGGAAGAAAGUUCUCCCCAGCUAGUGCAGGAGGAAGCGGUGCGCACAGAAGUUCAAGUCCAGAGCUCGGAGGCGUCCUUUACUCUAACGGCCGCAGCAGUGGAGGAGAAGGUCUUAGGACAAACUGUCAAGAUUUUAGAAGCCGCUGAAACUCUGGAAUCUGCAGAUGCACAGUCCGUUCCAGAAGAAGAAUCCUCUGAAAAAGAUGAAGAAGCCUUGACUGCCCGGCCAGGGGAUGUCGAGGUGCCCACAGGGACUGAGGCUCAGCCAGAGUCCGUCCCUGUGACCGUAGCAGCUGAGCCUGAUGGAGGUAUCAGUGCUGAUCUGGAAGGAGAUGAAGCCACACCCCAGAGCCCGUCCUCACAUGAAGAGGACGGGCCGGCCGCGUGUCAGGAAGUCCAAGGGAGCGAAACAAGAAAGGAGGAUUUAAAGGCCGAAAACGAGAUUUCGAAACUUGAGACUGAGAGCAGUAAACUUGUACAGAAUGUGAUCCAGACAGUUGUUGACCAGUUAGUAAGCACGGAAGAAACGGCCGCUGAUUUCCAGACACAGGCUCAGCCGAUGCUCUCGGACACCCAGGAGGUGAGAGCGCACACUGAGACCGAAGAAGAAGAGCUUCAGGCUCUGGAUGGAACACAAGCCAAAGAAGAAUCCCCACUAACCACCGUGGAACAGACCCAUUCUGACAUUUCCGAAGCUGUGAGUGAAGCUUCGGCGGAGGUCGCAAGUGUUGAGGUAGAACGUUGCAGCGUAUUUGACCAACAGCUUGAAGAGGCAGUUCUCCCGUCUGAGGAAGAGAAACAAACAACCGGGACCGAGUCUGUUUUAGAAGAUGGUGAUCGUGCCGGGUUAGAAGGAAGGAUAGAGGAGUCCCUCUCUGAAUCCCACGGAGAUGAAGAAGGUGAUGCUGUUGAUGAGCCUGAGAACCAGCACUCAGCCCUGGAAGAGGCUGGGCCCCCAGGAGGCUUAAGCAAAGAGUCCCCGGACACAGAUGGACCAACACCGAAGGAGAGGGAAGGUGGCCAGGAGGUAGAAUGUCAGGAAGGAAAAGUCCACAGCGAGUCAGAAGAAGAGAUCAAAACCCAAACGCAGGACGACACUCAGAAACAGGAGGGAGAACUGGCAAAAUCAGAACCCACAGGAUCCUAAAACAUCAUGUCCAGCCCACGGGUUUGCAAGACCAGAAUGUGAAGACGAGCAGCAGCAGGAGGAGAUGGACGGACGCUGCUGACGAGACUCGAAACCAGUGUUUUUCAGACUCAGAACCGAAGAACAGGCCCCUUGACUGACCUCCUUUCUGGAGCACCCUGACAAUCCUGAGGCUGCAUCGGGAACUAGAGCCAUUUAACACUUCCUCUUCGCAGGGCCACCCCCUUUCUUUUCCUUGAUACCAUAUUACAAUGUUUCUGACUUAAGGUCCUAAAUUCUUAACCCGGAACUGGAGUUGGCCAAACCUAGUUCUGCUUCUCAAACUGGAGUAUCCUCCUUUAUGUAUUUAUAUGUAUGUUUUAAAUAACCCUCCUUUUCUGUUUCUGUUGUAUAUUUUUUUUCUUAACAAUUAAGGAAAUGUGCAGUAUGGUACAUUCCUUUUGUAUUGCACAGGACGUGGCGGGGCGUGCAGCCGUGGUCAAGCCUUGGGAAGCUCUAAGCCUCAGCUGUAACCUGUGAAAACAGCCUCCUAGAGACAACAUUCCUGAUCAGAAGCUAUAGUUUGUACUUUAAAAUCCACUAAGGAGUAGGGUCCGUGUUUCCUACCGCUCUAAAAUUGGUCACUUUCCCAUUAUGCACAGUGUGCUAAAAAUAAAAAGCCUUUUUUUGGGAGGGGGGGGAACAUACAGAAUGUUCCAUUGUUACUGUGAAAUUUUUCUUUCUAGCCCAGUGGGGGUUGGAAGGGAGUUUUUUUCAGUAGUGGAUUAACUUUAAGCCUUUUCUCUGAAUUGUUGAGGCUGUUUGGAGAGAUGAGUGUGCUUAAAUCCCAAGGCAAAGUAGUGAGAAAUGUUUUUCAUCUUAUCAAGAAAACAAUUGGCUGUUUUAAGGUUUUGAUUCUACUCUUCUAUGCUGGACGACAUUCACACAGAGCACGAAGUAAAGUCAGGUUCUAGACAAAUGGUAUUUUGAUAGGUCCUGGAUUGUGUCUGUGCCAUAUUUAUGCCCACUCUUUGGAGGACAGUGUUGCAUUAUGUUCAUUUGGAUAAACUGUGAUUUGACGACUGAUUUAAAUAAAAUAUAUGCUUCACUUAGAUUUGCUGGUUUUAUUAGAUACUAGGAAGCCUGGGGCAUGUUUCCUGAGUUCUAAAAGCAGAUAAGGUAGAAGUUUCCAGUGUGGUCACUACAUGGUGUCACCUGUGGAUAUCGGUUUGAGGUAAUGUUCAGAGGAACUCCCAGCAGAGAGGCAUCAUCGAAGAUGACCCAGGAGCUUUUCAGACUGACAGAACUGAUCCAGUGCUACCAUCUGGUGGUGUCUUCUUGAAAAGGUCAAUUUUCUUUUAUUGUUUUUGGUUUUAAACAAUGAGAAAAAUCUAAAAAGAAAUUUUUAAGAAGGCCUAAUAGUAAAAAUGCCUUGUCCAUCAGGCGAUUUGGGAAUUUUUUUUAAAUGUCAAAAUGAUUUGUGAUUUAUGCCAAUAUGUAAAAGACUUCGUCAGACUUUGGCCACAAUUACCUAUGUAGUGUCCCACUUUUUCACACAUAGAAAUAGCUUGGCCACAGAGGCAUCUUAAAUUGCACUCAAACUCAGAACUUGAGUUUGCAAACUGAAAUUACGACUGCUAGUUAAUGACUUUAAAAUGUCCUAGAAAGACUAGUUUAGCAGAUGGAAAACAGGCUGUUAGAAAGUAGUUGAUCCUAGAUCAACAAACCUGACGACCAAAAAAAGGGCCAUAUCAGAGAGACACCUCAGAUAACAGUGUAUGGCCUCAUAGUUGGUAAAUGUUUAAUAUCCUUCUAGGAGUUAGUCUCCUAUAUAAUAGUCAUCUGAGCUUCUUUAUUAUUAAACUUCAAAAUCCCCAAAUUAAAAAAAAAAAAGCCCUCUGAUCUAAAUAUCUUUUGCCAACUUGAGACUUAAAAAAAAUCCAAGUGCUGGUGUCAGUUUUUGAUCGACCAAGAGGCCCUUGUAAAUGAGAGCAACUUGUAAGGGGCUCCUGAUAGGUCCAAACACUAACUUCGUCUCUAUGGCAGGAGGAAGCUUCGCUUUGAACCAAUUAAAGAUUCUUGUAGUCAAGUGGUAAGUGAUUUUUGUUUUUUUAAAUCCCAUCCCCCCCACUCCGUUCUGUUUGUGUUUGCUGUUCUCGGACCACCUGUGGCCAAGCCAUUCUGGCCUUGGCAAGUGGUUUUCCAGCAGUGACUGUGCUUUCAUACUCCUGUCUGGAUGUGCCCCGGAUUACCUCUGUAUGAGCUCUAUACCUAUGUCUGUUAAGCAACAUUUUCAUUAACCGGAGGAAAUACUAUUAACAGUAGCAUGAAAUAGAAUUCUGUAUUAUAAUUCUAAAGCUGCUGUUAAUUUAUGAAGUACAUAAUAACCAAAUGUAAACUGCAGAAUUUGGAGCAAGUGCCUAUAUUUUGCUAUUUUUGGCAUUACUGUGGAACCAUGUAAAAUAGAACGCAAUGCAAGACUUGUAAACUCUCACCACUUCUUGUAAUGGAGGAAUAUAAAAUGUUCCCCCUCAGGUUAUUUUGCUAAUGGUACACAUGAGUUGCCUCUCUCUGUCAUGAAUACUGUGUUCCAGUAUUUUCCUUUGGUGUUUGGAGCUACAAAUAGUCAAGGGCUGGAAAUGUUAGCUUUCAGUGUAAGCUUCAAACAUAGCAGUUUCCUUUUAACCUGAGACAAUAUUUGAUUACUAGUUCUGUUUGGGGGCAAAUUUUCAUUUAUCUAAAUAAAAUGCAACCUAAUUAAA